AUGAAUACUCUAGAGCAAACACACUCAGAGUGUGAUUCCAACCUUUUGAACCAUUUGAAUGGUAUUUCAACGCAGGCUACCUUUGCAUGCGUGCGUAAGUUACAGGGCACUUUUGUGGCAUGUAAUUCAAUCCGUGCCAGCAGGAAUUUACUAUCGAUCUGCUUUCUUGAUAUUACUAGAAUUUUAUGCCUUGGUGUCUUGUCUUCUUGCGUACUCUACAAGUUAACACAGUUGCAACUACAUUGCUCCGAAACCCAGCCAGCGCAGCUUCAAAGAUCAAAUUUUACUGUCUAA